CAGCUGGUAAUACGCCGUUACCCAUUGAGCUAAAGCCUCGAAGAGAUACCUACCUUCAUGCUAUCAGUGGAUUUCUCUUCAACGCUUCUACUUCCAUGUGGGUGUCUGACUCCUACAUGGUUGUACCUUUCGAACCAGCAACAGACGGGGCAAACCGCCAGGUACUCUAUGACGGUAUAUGGAGAGCAGAGACAGAGGUCUUUCAACUGGAAGCCGACUGCAUACCGAUGGUUAUGACCGAGAAAACAACCCUGAACAUUAGUUACUCUUACGCCGACACCAACAACACCGAAUGCGAGAACGAUACUUGCAUUGUCAAGUCCAAAGGCUUCAAAAUUCGAUCGGAAGAUGGUUGUGAAGUCCAGAUCCAGAGGUUUCGUGACAACGUAAUGAUGCAUUCUGGUGGGGUCAUGUGGACCAAUAUGUCUUCGUCCUAUGUUUCAUGGCAAGACCUCGUACAAGAGUACGGGCAAACACCACCUCUUCGGUCUAGUGGAAACCGCGCUCUUGGGCAGUGGACUCGCACUUUCAUAUACAGCAUGUCAGAUGAAUGUUUUGGGCGCGACCUGCUUCUUGCAUCACCCCCGUGGAUUGCGCCUUACCAGUUGGCCAGUAUAUCCAGCGAUGUGUGGGAGAGCGACUCUUUUGUCAACCUUACGGUACGAACACAAGUCUGCACUCCAACGUACCAUAAAGCUAGUAUGGUAGUUACAGCAUCUAUCGGUGGAUCUAGAUCGUCCGUUUCAUUUGACACCUCAGAGUUCGCACAACGCCGCCAACCGGUGCCGAGGGGCAUGCUUGACUACGAACACCUGAAUGGCCUCACUUUUAGCAAAGACUGGAACAAACUCAUGGCAGUGCCAAGAAGUCAAUCGAUGGACACUCCUCUGGAUGGUUUUGAGGAUGUGUCGGGACUCCUGGCACAUCACUUCUCCCAGAAUCUGUCGAAUAUACUACAGAACGAUACGCUGGGGUAUGAGGCUAGCAGAUUACGGACUCGUUUUGCUAGUGAGCUUUUGCUGUCUUCGAUAACGGACACAGACGUGCCAGCGCUAGAAGGUGUGGCUGGCGAGAUCAUACGCGUGGAACGGCGCGUUCUUGUGAUAACGAAAGUGGGCAUUGCGCUUUCGGUGUUGUUCUUCCUUCUAGGAUGCUACUUCUUCGCCAUGAUCUGGUUUACAUCAAUCAGCAGACGACCACUCCGUCUCAGGUCUGACCCUGCCAGGACUGUUGGGGUCACGUCACUUAUUGACACCGCAUCGCCUCUAGCUCUAGCGCUGCGCGAGCUGCAACAGCAUGACCGAGAUAGCAUGCAAAAGAACAUAGGCACUCGGGUGUAUGACUUGCGAGCUGAUGGCCUCUUUGAAAGGGCAAACCCAACGACGUGGCUUACAACGCUGCUUAUAGCCCUCAUCGCUAUCGCCGUAUGCAUGCUGGUUCUUCGCAAGUUUGCACGCGAGCACAGACUAUACCGGAGCGCCUUUGUCUACCAAGUCAACCUAGGUCUUUUCAACACGAGCUUCUCCCCACACUCCGUUGUCACAACCCUUGUUGCAGUGACUUUAGGGCUCUGUUGGGACGGGAUCGACAAACCCAUGCGCACCUUGCAGCCAUAUCUCUCGAUGUCGCGAAAACCCACGGCGGCUUCACGAGGAGUAGCGUUAUCCUAUCAGUCCUGUUACUGGGCUUGGGCUGCUAUAAAGGCUGCUUUACGCAAACAAUGGAUACUUUGUCUCGUUGCUACAGGCACCACUUUAUCCCAAAUCCUCAUUAUCUCUAUGGCAGCAGUCUUCCAGCGACAGGCUGUCUUACAAACGCAGAUGACGUUUGACCCCUUCGAUACUGGCUUGUUCAUAAAAGCUCCCUUCACACUCCGACAAAAGCCUUUUACCUGGGCAAUGUCAGGCAACACACGUGGUUUGGACCUUACGGAUGAUCUUUUGCAAACAUCUAGGAGUGAAUGGCUAUACAAUGCACUGGAUGAGAUUACCCUGAAGACUCCGCAGCUGGCCUGGUCAAUGGACGAAUGGGUUUUCACGCCCGUGAACCUCAAGCGAUUGCCUAGCGUCAAUCUAACCCAGAAUACGGGCCCAGACGACAAGUUCCACAAUGCAGCUGAUGUCCUGGUGUCACCGGCAAACAUCUCAAUGGUCACUUCAGGUCUUCGGAGCAGACUAGAAUGUAGCCCAAUAGAUGUCCCAGAAACUGGCUGGCUCGACCGAGCGGCAGACAUAUGGCCAGACCGGACCAACGAACUUGAUGGGUUUGUGCUGCCAACUGUCUUGUUCGAUAACGAGACGUACAGAACACCCGUUUUCACAGCUCCAAGACGAAUGGCGUGCUGCGCCAAUGGCACAGACUCCGACGGACAUUCGGUUAUUGCUUAUUGGACCAGCAACAGUUCCAUGGUUGACGCAAGAAUGCCUCCAACAAUUGAGUGUGACCUUUCAAAGGUCGGCAACGUAUGUACGACUUAUCUCGGACCACUCGACGAGAAUUAUGAACCACUCGACCCAAAUGGACCAGAAGAUUUGGUUGUACACAGCCCAUGGUAUCGAAACUUCACCAUUAAGUGGAUCAUGGGACCAGCUGCGUCGGCCGAGAUCCUCUCGACCGAUCUGACGGAAGGCGCUACUGCGUCGGCGUUUAUUAAUUAUCGUCAAGCAUACGGAUCUGACAAUGAGACCCUUUUAUAUUUCACUAAACAGCCAAAGAUAGCCAUGAUGAAUUGCAUCCCAGUCAUCGAGAACACAACAUUCAGUGUCACCGUCGCGCGGAGCUCCGGACAGAUAUUGGGGUACAAGUCGUUAGAAGAUCCGCAGCCUGCACCUGGAGCAUGGGAGUAUGCAUGGGACCUCAUGUAUCCAGACCCAAGGCAAACUGACUUUCAUGGAAACGUUAGGUACACGAAACUAACCCCGUUCAACAGCUACGGACACUUUUUCAUGACCCAACUCCUCACAGCACCCCACAUCAUCGAUCCCUUAUAUACUCGAACCUGGCUCGCCCACAACAAAAGCAUUGAAGACACCGAGAGCGAGCGCUUUAACAUUCGUGACCGAGAGCGCGGUCUAAACGUCGAUUUUAUGUCCUACGCUAACUGGCAUCUCGCUGGGAAGGACUCCGCUGCUUUGCUUGAGAGCACUACGCUCCUCGCGCAUUCAGAGAAGACGUUCCAGACCUUCUUUAAACACUUCGUUAACAGCGACAGCGCAAACCUAAACGGCAUACCUGGGAACGUAAACGGGAAUAACGGGCUGCCCCUCAGACCAACAUACGAAGACGUUCUCUCACCUGAUGAAGUAAAUGGCACAUUAGCAACGCGUAUAGAAGUUCUCGCCAUGAACGAAACAGCUACAUGGCUAUCACUCGUCAUCAUUUUCCUGCUUAUACUUAUUCUCAUCGUCCUCAUUGUGAGCUUGCAGAUCGUGUAUCCCAGCUCGUGCAUGCAGAGGCAUGUGGAGUGUUUGGCUGAUGUGCUGGUUAUGGUUGCUGGGAGCGAUGAGUUGAUAAGGAUGAAACGAGAGAGGGGUGUAGGAGGCUUUGAGAAGAGUGGGGUGAAGACGAAACUGGGCUGGUUUAGGGAUCGGAGGGGGCAUGUCAGGUGGGGGGUUGAGGUUAUGGGGAGGGGUGUAGAGUGGGUCGAAGGACCG